CAACAUCACGCGACACGCCAAAACAAAAACAGAAAAUGAUUUAUUUAUUUGCGAUAAUUACAGUACAGUUCAGCAUUAUAAAUGCCAUUAAGCCAAAUUUUAUUUUAAUGCUGAUGGAUGAUAUGGGAUGGGGUGAUCUAGGAGUGUUUGGAGAACCAAAUAAAGAGACACCAUUCCUGGAUCAGAUGGCUGCAGAGGGGAUGUUGUUUCCUGAUUUUUACUCUGCAAACCCAUUGUGCUCACCAUCCAGGGCUGCUCUUUUGACAGGACGCUUGCCAAUAAGGAAUGGAUUUUAUACUACAAAUGACCAUGCAAGGAAUGCAUACACCCCACAGAACAUAGUGGGAGGAAUACCAGAUGAAGAAAUCUUACUACCAGAACUUCUUCAUAAAGCAGGAUAUCAGAAUAUGCUAGUAGGAAAAUGGCACUUGGGCCAACAGAAACAAUACCUACCUCUACAGCAUGGAUUUGAUGAAUGGUUUGGAGCACCAAACUGCCAUUUUGGUCCAUAUGACAACAUUCACACGCCUAACAUUCCAGUGUAUAGGGACUCAGAAAUGAUGGGGAGGUAUUAUCAGGAUUAUAAAAUUGAAAAGAAUGGGGAAUCCAAUUUAACACAGCUUUAUAUGCAGGAGGCAAUAGAAUUUAUUACCAGGAUGCACAAUAAAUCCAAGCCAUUUUUCUUGUACUGGGCUGUGGAUGCUACCCAUGAGCCAUUGUAUGCUUCCAGGUCUUUCCUGGGAACCAGUAAACGAGGGUUGUAUGGGGAUGUUGUAAGAGAACUGGAUUUUGCUGUGGGAAAAAUUCUCACCACAUUGAAGAAGCUAAAGAUAGACAACAAUACUCUUGUAUUUUUCUCCUCUGACAAUGGUGGUGCUACAUAUGCCAAGGAACAUGGGGGCAGCAAUGGUCCAUUCCUGUGUGGCAAGGAAACAACCUAUGAGGGAGGUAUGAGAGAACCCACUAUUGCAUGGUGGCCAGGGCACAUUAAACAGGGUCAGGUUUCAGCUCAGGUAGGCUCUUUAAUGGAUUUGUACUCCACCUUCGCAGAUUUCGCAGGUGUUGAUAAACCAAAGGACCGUGUCAUUGACGGAAUCAGUCUUCGCACUUCAUUGCUUAAUCACACAGAAGUACAGAGACCAUUGUUUUACUACCGUGGAAAUCAAUUAAUGGCAGUAAGGAUGGGUAGUUAUAAAGCUCAUUUGUGGACCUGGACUAAUUCAGUAGAAGAAUUUAACAAGGGUAUAAAUUUUUGCCCAGGACAAGAAAUUAAGGGUGUGACCACACAUAACCAAACAGACCAUACCUCUCAGCCUCUUUUGUUUCACAUUGGAAGGGAUCCAGGAGAAAGAUAUCCGAUCAGUGCCACUAACCCUGAAUACAAAAAGGCAAUGCCUAUGUUAAUGAAGAAAAUACAGGAGCAUAUGACAAAGCUGGUACCUGCCACCCCACAGCUUAAUAUGUGUGACCAGGCUGUCAUGAACUGGGCUCCUGCUGGAUGUGCCAAAGGAAAGAAUAAAUGUUACAAGGCACCUCCUUCUAAACCUUACAAGUGUAGCUGGCCACAUUAGCACUGUCUAAUGUGCUAGGGUCAGUGAUGUACAUUGUUUAUUGUUUGAAACUUAUCUACAUGUAGAUGUUAAAUUUUUUUGUUCACAGUGCCAAGAGAUUAGGAUUGUGCAAUAUUGGACAUCAGCAAAUCAUUUACUGUAUACUGGGAAAUUUUGCCCCCUUUUUAAUUUUUGCCCUUUUCUCCCUCAUUGCAGGGGAAUUCCUUAAAAACAGGUGAAUUCAAAGAGGACAGCAUUAUUUCCUUAAUAUAGCUGUGUCUUGGAUAAUUUUAAACUGGACAAAAUUGUUUGCAAGUGUGAAAGGACAAAAAUAAAACGGGGUGAAAAUAACCCUGUGUACAGUACUUAUUUCUUCCUUAGGGCCGUCCUUAGGUAGUUGGGGCAUUAUAUUACUUUAACAAUAUCUGUCGAACAUUCCAUAAUUUUUAUUUAAAUCUAUAAGUCUGUAGACAUUAAUCUGAAUUUUCAAAUAAUUGUGGGAUUGUAUGAUUGUGAUCAUGAGUUACAAAUCACAUUUUAAUUCUUCAUCUUUAAGGUUACUUCAAAAAUUUCAGACUUACUUGCUUUUAAAUUUUUUUUAAUAUGAUAUUUUUCUGCAAUGUUUGCCUGCACACUUUAUAUGAGAUGUGCAUUAUGAAUAGUUAGAGAUUUACAGAUACAAGUUUAGUCUCCUUAGUUCCAUGUUAAACAAAAUAACAGCUUUUGAAUUUUGAACAUUUCAAGAAAAUUUACUGUGAUACAUGUGAGUGUACAUGUACAUGUACUUAAAAUGUUUUGAUAAUUAAUAUCUGCAGAUAUUUAAUUGAUUUUAUGUGUGGUUUUAUAUUGAUUAGUGAUAUAAGAGGUUAAAGUUAAAAAAAAGCAUGUUUUGUAAACAGAAAUAUUGAACUUCACUUCUGAAAUACUGAGUAAUUUAAACUUGGUUUUUGGCAGAACAGUCUAGAUACCUGCCUCACUUGCAUAGGAAUCUCUUUAUUAUUCACCCUUAAAAGGUAGUUUGAGUCAAAAUUUUGAAACAGAAAAUUGUAAUGGUAGAAUGUAAUUUUUCGUGAUAUUUUUAUCCCAUUGUGACAAAGAGAAUUGUUACUAUACAAUAUUUAGUUAUAUCUACAAUAUAUUACAUUUUUUUUUCUUAUUAUGCAGUUGGAAUAAUGUUUGAUAGUACAUAGUUGAUAAGUAUAUAGAUCUGUUG